AUGCCUACUUGUUCCCUGAUGUUCCUUCUGGUUGAUCUUCAGGUCACAACUGGUGUAGGCUCUCAACCGCAAAAUGCACUUUCCCAGAUUCCUACUACUUUCAAGAACUUCUCAAUGUCUCAGAAGGAGAAAACUCUUGAGGAACUUGUGCAAGACCAGUGGCUAUGUUUCACCCCAGAUGGUAAUAUUGGAUUAGGUCUUAGAUCUUUCCUGGAUCUGCGCAGUUGGUUUCAUAGUAAUGACAUUCCUGCAUGUGAGGUUUGCAACGAGGCUGGAAUUAAGCUGUGUCAAGUUGCUUAUAUGGGAGCUAUGCAGAAGUUAGCAUACUCGUGUAGUUUGGCAAUGAAACAUAAUGAGUAUUCCUCUAGGAGUGGUAAACUUGUGCGAGACCAGUGGCUAUGUUUCACCCCAGAUGGUAAUAUUGGAUUAGGUUUUAGAUCUUUCCUUGAUCUGCACAGUUGGUUAAAUGGUAAUGACAUUCAUGCAUGUGAGAUUUGCAACGAGGCUGGAAUUAAGGCGGACUUGUGCAAGAAUGAAGAUUGUACGAUUCGAAUGCAUCAAUAUUGCGCGAAAAAGAAAUUUGGUCAAGCUAAGGUUGAAAGAGUUUGUCCAGGUUGUCACACUCCAUGGCUUCCUCUUCCAAAAAUAGAAUCUCUUGAUGUAGAUGAUGAGAUAAACGAUACAAACAGGCCCUCUCAAAGUGGGCCAUCUGAAAGUCAGCCCCCUCCUGGACCCUCGGUGAGAAAGAGGCUCAGAAUAUGCAGAGCCACAGAUUCUGGUGACCUUGUACCUAAUUCCUCUCAGGCUUCUACUUCUGAUUUGAGGAGAACAACUAGAAGUUCUGCUCGGAUGAGAUAA